AAAUUCGCGCAUCGUUUCUUUCUGACCAGUAUUUUAUUAUACUGCAAUGCAUUUAUAUCUUUUAACAGAUAAAAUAAGGUAGAUUAUAAGAACAUGAUGUAUAAGCGAUGAUUAUCUUUAAUGUUAAAUAUAAGGAUAUAUUCAAUAUUAUUCAUGUGAAUUAAAAAAUCGAUAUCAGGCGUACGCGCGGUGAUAGAAGUUGGAGGCUUUUUGUCCCGUUCCCCAGAUUUUUUUAGAAAUCUGAAUAAAAACAUUUCAAAAUUUAAUUAUGAUUUAUGAUAAUUUGCUAUAAGUACUUAAUGCCAAAUCUAAGUGACGGAAAUUAAUUGAUUGAGUAGUCUAAACACACUUCGAAGUAUAAUUGGUGACAUACGUUUGGUAAACGAAAAUGUAGAAUGUAAAGAUGGAGAAACACUGGAAUUAUCGGUUAUUCAAUUUUCGCGCUUAUUACGUUGGUAUAGUAUGUAGAAUAGUAGAAUAGUUGUAUGUAUUUAAUUGUAUCAUAUCACAGUUUAUUGGAAGCAUUUAACGAUGUGUCAUACUAUGUGUAAUAUGCCUUUUUUAACCUGUUGUACAAAAUUCUGUACAAUGCACAAAUGAAAUAUCAUAAAACAUAAUAAAUCAUACUUUGUUAUUAUGUUAUUACCUAAUUGGUCAAAUUUUUAUUUCAUUAAUUUACUAGUUUGAAAAUGUGAAUUCCAUUUAGAUACUGAGGUACCAAAAGAUUAAAAAUUGAAGUACUCACCUUAUAAUAUUUCUAAAUAAUACAAUUGUAAUCUUUAAACAUUAACAAACUACAUAAUUACGAUUUUACAUCUAAAAAUAUAAGAAUUUUGUCAUUAAAUUUAUCAACUUAUUAAACGUUUCAACACAUUGGGAUUGACAAUGAAAUUUGUUAGAGUGAUGUUAUAUUAAAAUUUCGAAAUAUUCUUAUACGUAUGUCAUUUCUAUAUACUGGUGUCUAUUGAUUGCAUAUAAAACUCAUGUAUACAUUAUUAUUAUUACUAUUAUAUUCUGUAUAAUAUAUAUAUAUAUAUAUAUAUAUAUAUAUUCAUUACUUCCAAAGUAGAAAAAAUUAAUUAGUAAAAUUUGGAUUUUGAGUUUCUAUCUACAUAAAAAUUUGCAUAAUAAUUUAAUAAAAUAUAGUGGCGCUGUAUUACGAAAAAAACAAACAAAUAUCUCUUCAGAUCGAUUGGACCAGUCACUUAAAUGGCGGUAGUUUGUAUACAUGUUAAGUGCCGCAGAAAAAUAACCUCUAAUGGAGAGGAUAAAACCGGUAGAAAACGUUUCGAAAUGUAUCAAAACUAUUUGUCCAUCACCGGAGGAACUUAGUAUCAUAACGAAUAACGUAAAAUGUGAUAAAUGUGGACUCGUAUUUAAAAAUGGGCCGAGAUAUCGGUUACAUGACCUUAAAGUACAUCAACGUAAAAAUUUAGAUAAAACAAUAAAAGAAAAUGUACAAUAUCAUUGUCCGGUAGAGUCUUGUAUUUAUGCUCUAAAAGCCGAAAGACAUUUUAGUACUAUGAAAUAUCUUAAACAGCAUUACCUUAAAGUACAUGCGAAAAAAACGUAUGCAUGUACUCGUUGCGAAAAAAGUUUCUCUACUGAAUCAGCAAAAGAAGGCCACAUGAGAGUAUGUGGAAUUGAAUUUGUAUGUUCUUGUUCAAAAAUUUACAGCUCCUAUGAAGCCUUGCUCACACAUGCAAAACGAUCUUUACAUACAAUAAAUGAUAAAUAUAAAAAUUCUUUGAGGCGCACAAAUUCUAAAACAGUGAGAUUAAUUCUAUCAAGUAAUCAAACAGAAAUAAAUAAACUAGUUACAAUACUACCAAUAAAUCAAAAUGAAAAUAAGAUAUCCAAUCCUAGUAAUAAUACAAUGCAGAAACUUACAUCAGAUAUUGGUAUACAAACUGAUGAUUGCAAAAAGAAUAAAAGAAUAUCAAGUCCAUUAAAGUAUGUUAACAAUAGUUGCUAUCAUAAUGGAAAGUGUGGAAUAUCUAAACAGACACAGACAAGUGUCCCUCAAAGAAUUAGACAAAAUGUAAUGUCCAUGGAAACACAAACGAUACAAGCUUCACAAGCAUUUAAGAAUUCGCUGAAGCUUCAGAAACAUGGAAAAAAUUCUGUAUCUCAAAAUUCUGAUUAUACAUUGUUAAAGGAAGACCUUAAUCUUAGCAACUUUACAGCUUCAAAUUUAUUUCCUAGCAGUCCAUUACCACUUCGUCAUGAUGAUGGAUUACAAGAUUUUUGGGAAGAUAAGAGUACAUCGGGUACUCAAACAAUACCUGAAAAAGACAUGUUUGAAGUUCUCAAUGAUAAUGUUACUCAGACAGAGUUUGAAACAUUUUACAACCAUAGUACAAAUCCAUUGAUACAGUGUACUCCAAAGAGUACGGUUGCUUUAAUGACUUUACCUUAUGUUGAAGAAACGUCGACUGUUGUUGAAGGAUAUUCCUUUGUAUCCUCAAAUAGCAUAUCACGAUCAGAUCCCAUGCUUACAGACAAAACUUUUGAUGAUAAGUUUAGCAGCAUAGAAACUCAAACGGAACAAGCUUAUUCACAAUCGUUUUUUGAUUCAGAUCCAUUAACUAGAUCAUUCGCUUUAAGUUCUACCAUUGAAACACAAACUACAAAUAAUCUUGACAACAUGGAACUAUUAUAUAGUAAUACAUGCACACAAACAUGUAAUGAAAUGCUACCGACUGAUUUAGGAUUAUCUAACAUUCAAACACAAACACCUUGGACUCAACUCGAGGAUACUACUGUUUCUGCCGAAACACAAACAAAAUCCUUGAUAUGUGAAACAGGUUGCAAUAUAUCAAUAGGUGCAUGUCGUUCCUGGUUGAGUACUCAAACUAGUCACACUGAAACACAAACUGACUUACUUAGUAUUUUUGAAGGUCUUCAAUAAUAAGAUAUUCAAUCUUUAUGCAUAUGGCAGUAUAAUAGUUGAUAUUUAGAAAAAAUACUUUAUGUAUAAAGUGAAAAUAAUUUGCAUUUGGUAUUGUAAAAUAAGACUAAUUUUUCGUAUUGUUAUUUAGUACUUUGGUAUUUUUUAUAUUUUGUCACAAACUAAUUAUUUAAGUUCCUGUAUAUGUGCAAUUUGAUGAUGGAAUAUUACGUGCAUUGAUCGAGAACUGUAUUUCUUUAAAAAGAAAAUGUUUUGAAUUUACUGUAUUACACAUUAGCCACUGCCACGAUUUGUUUAUACAUGUGUUUCCAGAAUAAAAACAUACACAUUGCAGGCAAUGUAAUUCUUAUACAUAUAACUUAUUAUUAAAGCUAUUAAUUUAAAACUUGCAUUAUGAAAAGUAUUAUUAAUAUUCAAUUUAAAUUUUAAGGGGGCAAAUAAGCCUUGAAUUAAAACCUGUUUUUUUAACUGAAAUAUAAUGUCAUUUACACACACAAAUAAUAUAUGACAAAUAAAUUGAAUUAAGAAAUUUGAAGGUGUAUAAUAAUAGACUCAAGUUAUUGGAUUUCAAAAUAAUCUACGGAUGUAAAAUAUAAACUUACUAUUACAACAUACAUAUGUUAAAAAAAGCACUUUUCAUUUAUAAAUAUUAAUUCAUAAGUUUUAAAUUGUUUUCAUGUCAUGUAUUACGAAGAUAAAACAUUUUGUUAUAAUACAACAUAUGGAUUUGAAAUUUUUAACUUAAUGAAUUUUUUAAUACAUGUAAAUAGAAGUAUGAUCUUUAGAUUGAAAUAUUUGCAAUCGUUCGUGUGUCAUAUACAAAGAUAAUUUUUAAAAAUUUAAUUUUUUGUAUAUAUUGUAUUGUUACUAUACAUUGUUUAGAAAAACAUUUGUCAAUUCGCAUAAUUACAACCUUAUUUGAAAGGAGAUUCAUGCUUCUGAGACUCAAGAGUCAUAUACCCCCUUAAAUAGAAAAAUACAUAAAGAAUCUUGUCUGCUUGAGGUGUAAUUGUUCAACUGAUAGUUUCAACAUUUACAAAGAAACGAAACAUGUAAUUUGAAACUGUACACGUAACAUUGUUACAAUAACUAUUAAAAUAUUGUUUUUUUUUUAACAAUUGCGUUGGAAUUAUGCAUUGAAUCCCAACCAGUGUUUUCCGUCAUAGCUUCACGUCAAAACGUACAUAUAAAAGUUAAAAUCUUUAGCUUUUUCUUUGCUCGGAGCCGCAUGGUGACAGAUCACGGUUAAGCUAUUGUUUUAUUCAUGUUUGUUGCUAAGGUUUAAAAUUACACUUAAAAGGUCAUGCUUUGCCAAGCAG